CUCAUCUCUUCACCGUCUCCCCUCGUCUCUUGAGCAUCUCGAGACGAAUAUCUCCCCCGACAGCUCGAAUCCCGUUUCGGCGUCAUCCUUCGUGUCCUAUUCAGUCGUCAUUGUCCUUGUGUAAGUGGAUUCUGUGUCCCUUGUUCGCAGGCAGUGAUUCAGGCGGCUGCACCCGCCAUCGUGGUGGGGCCCAGGUGGCUGGUCACCAGCCCGGCGCCUAACACACGGGAAGCUGCUCUUGAUGUCUCCCAGCCUUCUCUAUGCUUGCCGUCAGCCAUAUUUCUUGUUUGCGCCUCUGCAUACCGAGUCUCCUUCUUGCAUUGAAUUUCCCGCACGACCAAUUGGCCCCAAUUCUAUCCAAGUGGGUGGAUUGGAAUGCUGCCAGUAUGAACUCUGAUGAUACCAUGGCUGAACAUGUGGAAACGCCUCGUCCCCAUCGACAACAGCCGCAGGAGGCACGGCGUCAUUCAACACCAGACGCUCCGCCAUCUAACGGUCGCCUCCACCAUGAGCCUCAAGGCAGCGUGGCGCAACUGACCUCACCGAGCGAGUCCAUGUCGCCUCCACCGACGGUCAUCCCCGCGAAACCUUCGCCUAAGUCGCUGUCUGCGCCGAGCCCGGAGGUAUACGGGCCUGAAGGACCGCUGCCCUCUGUCUCCGCGCAACAGCCCGGCCCAGCCGAUGCUGCCAGCAUCGCCCCCAGCUCUACCGUGCGCUUCGACGAGACACAGCUAGCUAUGUUCGCGGCCGACAAUGCAGCCCGGAUGGGCAACAGCCUCAAGGACGAACUCACAAUUGCCGCGGGGAAGGUCACACCCGGCGUUGACGAUACUCCGUACAUACAAUAUGCCCUUGAGGCACUUACACGGGAGAGGGGGGGGACCUCCACUCAGCACGUUUCCGCACCCACAUCUGGAAGACAGCCAUACCUUUCAGACAUACCCCGGAGAAUACCAGACGAAGAGUUGGCCUUUGCGGCCGUGACCCAACCGCCGCCCAUGUACAACUACUCGCGCAACAUCAAAGAGCCGCGACACGUUGGUGUGCCACGGUUUGGCCCGAACUUGGCAACCGUGAUCCCGACCGCUGCACCCGCAGAACCCGCAUCGCCGCCGGCGCCCUCAUUAGAUGGGUUCCCUACAACUUCAGACUACUGGAUUGCAGUGGACAAGUUCGCGUUGGAGGCCAUUGACCCCCGUGGGCGGACGUACCCUCCACUGACUUACAAGCCACGCAUUUUGCGGCCUUUCUCUAUGAUGAUUCUCAUGAUCUUAUGCCUCUUGAUGAUCGCGGCACUCAUAUUCUCCGAUCGAUUUUCGGCCCAGCGCGUCGGCUUGGCGCCAUACCCCGGAACCAUUUAUUCUGGACAAUACUUUGUGUUUCGCAUUCUGCCUCAGUUGCUUGCCGCGAUCAUUCUCAUUUACGCGCAGAGCAUUGUUUCGGCGUCUCUUCGAAUUCUCCCUUUUACGACCAUGGCGAAGGAGGACCCCCGUGAGCGGUACCUCGCAAUGUUUCAAAACUUAUACCCAACCUCAUUCUUGCUGCCGCAGCUAGUCGGUCCAUGGCAGCUGAUGGUUUUUGAUCUGGCAACUUGGGUUGCCAUUUUCACGGUCCCGUUGCAGAGCGUGGCCUUCACAUGUGUAUAUGUAGGAAACGAAUGGAGAUGGACGCCAUCAACAGGCGUCGUGUGGGCGUUGGUCGGCCUGUACGCCUUCCUUCUCGUUGCCACCAAUUUCUUGAUGGCCUUUUGGUUCAAGCAGUGGACGGGCUUGAGGUGGGACGUCCGGUCCAUCGCAGACCUCAUCCCCUUGGUGAAUCGGACCAACACCAUGAGCAGCUACAAGAAGCGCGCUCUCAAUGGGCCCGACGGCGACUUCAAGGCACAGUUGAGUGACAGAUGGUUUGACCGGCUUGGGUAUUGGAAGACCGAGGACACACUGAGUUCGGGAAUCUGGCACUCCAUUGGAACCUCAGCCGCGUCUCCAACACACGGACCCGAUAUUCACGACGAGCGAGUCAAGCGAGGGAGUUUUGACGCGUCCAUCGGCUCACACGACUUGCCCAGCUUGGGCAUGGGUGGCGGCAACUACCUCCCAUGGUGUUUGCGAGACGCACCCUUGAUCGUGUUGGUCGUCACGACGUGGCUGCUGCUGGUGGCACUGCUCAUCGUCUCAUUCCUGCCCCAAACCCGACUGGACGGCGGAUUCGCACCGAAGCUCUCCGCAAGGCCCGAUGAAGCCGCGUUCUCGCCAGCAAACUUUGUCUACGGCUUCAUCCCGUCGCUUCUGGGAAUGGCCCUGUGGCUCUUGUUCCAAAGUCUGGACCAGUCACUGCGGAUCGUACAACCAUGGGCAGAAAUGAUCAAGCUGGAGGGAGCCGUCGCGCGGCGAUCUAUCUUGGCGGACUACGCGGCAUGCCUUCCCCUGCAGGCGACCUGGAGAGCGCUGUCCAACGGACACUGGCGGGUGGCAGUAACGUCGCUCAUGUGGGUGUUGUUUGUUUUCAUACCAGUCCUCGCGGGCGGAUUGUUCAUGGCCCUAACGGCGGACGAUGAGUCGGUCCGGAUGUAUCCGAGCAUGCCAGUGCUCGGUGUUUUGCUCGCAUUCCUCAUUCUCUACGUCGUCUGUCUCCUGCUGCUGGUGCCCCGCCGGAGGCAGUUCAUGCUGCCCCACUCAGUUAGUUCGCCGGCUGGUGUCUUGGCUCUAUGCUCUGCCGAUGAGCUCGUUCAGGAUGCGGCCUUCCGCGCUGUGCGCUCACAUCGCGACCUCGAGGUGCGUCUAGGCGCGGGGCGAGACGAUCCUCGCGAAGAGAGCGUGUGGUUCUUCGGCCUCCUGCCAGGGAGGGACGAGCAGGGCCUGAGUGUGAGGCGCCUGAGAAGGUUCACGGAGAAGGGAAACCGCUUGGCGAGGGAUGUAGUGUAGGGGGGCGUGUGACGGCGAAGUUGGGAUUUAUUUGGGUUUUGAGCAUGGCGUUUGUGGGCCUCGAGCAUGGCGAUGCCCGCCUUUUUCUUAAAAAAGUAUCACGAUCGCAAGGGAAUGGAACAUGAGAAUCGUACGAUCUCGACGAUUUAUGUAUUUGUCCACGGGCCAGUCAGUGUUGACCAUGUUCGUGGUGUAUGAAGGAAAUGACUGGAAUGGGUAACGCGAAUCAUAGCAGAGGUAGAGGCGGAGGCGGUGGACGCGUGUAAGCGAGCUACAUUUCGGAGACGAAGCUGGGGUGGAUAGGUAGCUUUGCGCCAAUGGUGGAGGUUGUUUCAACUAGAUCGGGCGUGGCGCAUAGAGAACAAAGAGAGAUGUCUUCUGUG